GUUCUACUCGACAAUUCCAAAAAUCAGUGCCAUUCAUUGGCUUUAGCUUUGCCCUUGAACUUGAAAUCUCGUGCCUUAUUCUUUCCUGGGGACUGGUGUUGGAUAUUGAACGGGCGGAGUUACCGCCGGGAUGAUGGAUGAAGGAGAUGAUGGCCUAAACUUGGAUGCGCGCAUUCUCAUUUUCGCGUGGCCUGCCACUAGUGUUUCGCAGAUUCACAAAGGGUGUCACAGGCAUAGCUGGAGGAAGAAAGGUACUACACGAAUGCGAAACGCGACAAACUCUACAACGUCAUUAGCCUGGAGUUCACCAAGACUAAGUUGGAGCCUCUAGUGGAGUCACCCAGUCUGGUACGUCAUUUGGAUUAGGUGGACUUGGUGUGGCCGGAAAUAUUGCGCGCUUUGCAGCAGGAGGCCACCAACCGACUGGUCGACAUGAAAUAUCCCAAAGUGCAAAAGUACUGCCUGAUGAGCGUCGGUGGCUGCUACACAGAUUUCCGUAUCGACUUUGGUGGCACAUCCGUCUGGUAUCAUAUUCUCAAGGGUGGAAAGGUUUUCUGGCUGAUUCCUCCGACCCCAAUCAAUCUUCAGAUCUAUGAGCAGUGGGUGUUGUCGGGUAAACAGCAGGAUAUCUUCCUGGGUGACAUGGUCGAGACGUGUGCCCGCGUCGAAUUGAAAGCAGGCUGGACUUUUGUCAUUCCUACUGGCUGGAUUCAUGCAGUUCACACUCCUGUGGAUUCGCUAGUGUUUGGUGGAAACUUUCUGCACAGUUUCAACAUAAGCGGUCAGCUUGCCGUGGCGGACAUUGAAGAAACUACUAAGAUACGGACGCAGCGAAGCUCUCUACUGCGCCCGCAUGCGCCGAGAUCCCACUGCUGUCAACGGAUGACACUGCAGCCCAGUCGCCAGCGACGGCGGCAGCUGCUGCUGCUGCUGCUUCGUCAGGAGAUGGGAACAGCUCACAAGGCGGCAAGCCACCUCCAUCACCGCCAUCCUGCCUGCUCUCGGACAUGGCCUGUCUCAGCUCGUAUGAGAUUGAUGGCUUGCGACGGCUGCUGGUCGAGCUGAACGUUUCCACGACAAUGGUGAGGGCGUGUCCCGAGGAGCUGGGGGAUCCUGGGGAGCUCAUGUCGACCGUGGAGGUAAGUUGUCGUGUGUGAUGUGUGGGUAAAACCGAAGUUACCGAAAAUAAAUCUCCACCUAAAUUUUCCGGUUUUACAGUAGCCUAUCUUCAGGGACAUACAUAACUAUUGGCGUAGAUUUGCUUAAUCGUUAUGCCUUGUAUUCUCUUGUCAAAUGUACACCGUAGAUUCUGUUGAACGAGUAUGAAAGCCUGUAUUCUCCUCUGCAAUGUACAAGCAUUUUCCUGUGCAAUGUAUGCUGUAUAUUCUGUUGAAUGAGUAUGAAUUCUCCUGUGCAACGUGCGCUGUAGAUUCUGUUGAACGAGUAUGAAAGCCGGUUUCGCGAGGACAAGGCCACUGGACAUUUUAUGCUCAUACCGGGAAUACACCCUUUGUGUACCAGGCAUCUAAUGUAUGCGCGGGGUACUCAUCGGUAAUGAUGGACCUAUAGCAUAAAACUAAGACACAUUUUGUAAGUGCAAGUUAUGUUUUUCUGAAUCUGUUGGUAUCAAUGUGUCCAGGUAAGAAAAUAUUUUGACCGAGCACACAACUACAGAUACAGGCCAUACCUGGAAUACCUAUUUCUGAGUCAAUUGUCACCCAUAUUCCUGACAAUUUAGAUCCGUGUACUUGGAAUCGUGAAUAUACUUGCUGAUAUUGCCCUUCUUCACACAGAGCAACAGGAGACCACUGCACUAGUGUAUAGCCGCCAGUUGCAUGCUUCAACAAUAGCGAAAUGGACGGAAAAGAGCCAUAUUGCGUGAAUACCAGAUGCCAAACAAUUGCAUCAAAAUUUCAAAUUAUUGAAAUUGUGUCAGAUUUGAAUAUGUACUUUUCACUUAUCUACUUGCGUCCAGCGAGGGUAUUGGCGAUUGAGAAGACCAGGAAUAGUCGAUGGGAGAGGAAACUCACCUGCCUUGAAUAUUUCAGGCCAUCGCUGCGCUCCCUCUCGCUGCUGCUUGGAGAGCGAAUACUGCAAUGGCUUAAGCGAUGGAAAUUCUCAUUUUCGAUUCAGAUCCUGAGAUUAUAUCGCUACUACAACACUCUCCUGGCGUUCACCAUCACUAGUAGACAUCGACAACAGCUAGAGCAAGCUAUACUCCAGAUACAAGCAGCGUAACCGAACGAAAACACGAUCGAAAUUGCUAAAAUAUAUCGCAGAGCGCUGAAAUUGCAAAGCGCACUUUUCGCCGCGAUUGUUCUCCAUACUUUCAAAUGGCAACCUACCCACAUCAUACAUCAAAAUUUGCAGUGGGAUCUCAGCUGCCCAGCGCAGAAAACCGCGAGUCGAUCGGAGCAAGGACGCCGCCGAACGGCGCGGCGCAGUGCGGUGCGUCGAACCGUAACGUACGUUACGGUUCGAGAUGGGGCUGGUACACAAAGGGUUAGGCGAACAGAACUUUUAGGUGCAGAGAAGCAGUUCCCUAUUGGAUUAUGUGUGUUAGUGUUUGUUCGGUGUAUUGAAACUUUAGGUAUGAAACAGACCCACCAAACGUACCGAAAAAAAAGUACACCAACAAUUUGUGAAAUUACAGUACUCUUGUUGUUGGGUGUUGCCGGUUGAAUGCUGUUCACGGCAGGUAUCCUAUGCCUAAAUAUGGGCUUGUAUAUUCUGAUUGUCUGAUCGCUGACAGAUACGGACGCAGCGAAGCUCUCUACUGCGCCCGCAUGCGCCGAGAUCCCACUGCUGUCAACGGAUGACACUGCAGCCCAAUCGCCAGCGACGGCGGCAGCUGCUGCUGCUGCUGCUUCGUCAGGAGAUGGGAACAGCUCACAAGGCGGCAAGCCACCUCCAUCACCGCCAUCCUGCCUGCUCUCGGACAUGGCCUGUCUCAGCUCGUAUGAGAUUGAUGGCUUGCGACGGCUGCUGGUCGAGCUGAACGUUUCCACGACAAUGGUGAGGGCGUGUCCCGAGGAGCUGGGGGAUCCUGGGGAGCUCAUGUCGACC